CUUCAUCAGUUUCUGAUGACACCUCUUAUAUUACACCUUAGUUUAUUGCAUUUAAAGAUUCAGCCAAUUUCCAUAUCUUUGAGAGAGCUAACACCAUCUCUCAGGACAGUCACCCGGGCAGCACUGCCUUGCCAUGUACAACCCACUUACACAAUCAUUUGGAAGCACCCACUCGUUUCCUCACAGGUAGCCAAAAUGGAGGAAGAAUUUGAAAGUAGAGUGUGGGAUGAUGCACCUGACACAGAUCCUCUGGAAGAAGAUGAAGCUAUGAGUCCAGCUGAUGUGCAGUCCAACUGCUUGAGGCAGUUCUCAAGCACAGACUUUAUCAUGGAGCCUGGGAUUUUUUCUACACUAAAGAGAUACUUUCAGGCAGGUGGUAAUCCUGAGCAAGUGAUUGAGAUGCUCUCAGAAAACUACCAAGCUGUUGCACAGAUGGCCAACUUGAUGGCUGAGUGGCUGAUCUUGGCAGGUGCCAGUAUAAAUGAUGUGCAAGCUAUGGUGGAAAAUCAUCUCAAGCAGAUGAUUUUGAAGACAUUUGACCCAAAAAAGGCAGAUACAAUCUUCACAGAAGAAGGAGAUGCUCCAGCGUGGUUGACAGAACUAAUUGAACACAGUACCUGGCGCUCAGUUGUUUAUCAGUUGGCUGAGGAGUUUCCUGAGUGUCUUAUGCUGAAUUUCACUAUCAAGUUGAUCUCGGAUGCAGGCUUCCAAGGAGAGAUCACCAGUAUAUCAACAGCAGCACAACAAAUCGAGGUCUUUUCAAGAAUUCUCAAGACAUCUACAUCCAAUUUCCUUCAAUCACCAGAAGAUAACAGACACAAAUCUGUAGUUGAGUUUGCUAAAAUGGUGUGUCAUGGGCAGCACACUUACAUCUAUGCCCAAGUGAUGCUGCAGAUUCUUUCACAGGAAACAAAGGGAGGCAAUAAUAUUCGCCGCUUACAACAAGAAAUCAGUAAAUAUGCUAUUAACAAUGGCCUUAAUGUUACUCCAAUCCAGCUGGCUCUCAAUGGUGCCAUGGCCCACCCAAGAGCAGCCCAAGCACUGGCACCCAUGCUUGCUCGUAACGCUCUCAACCCAGCUGACAUAACUGUAUUGUUUAAGCUCUACAGUGCCGGAGACCCACCACCAGUUGACCUUAUACGCAUCCCACAGUUAUUAGAGCUGCUGAUAGAUGCUUUGUUUAAGCCAGGGAACAAGGUGAAUCAAGAACACAAAGCUAAGUACUUCUACCUCCUGGGUUACAGUGCAAGUGUUUAUGAAACCCCAAAGAAAGGCAACAGACCUAGACAGGUGAACCGAGAUGAUUUGAAACCAACUCAACAAGCCAUUGAAAAAGUUCACAAUAUUUGCCAGGGUGGAAAAUCAGCUAUGGAGCUUAUUGCUGAGAUCAAUACUUUAUAUCAGUGUAUUAGGUUCCCAGUUGUCAGUGUUGGCCUUGUUCGGUGGAUAGAAUGUGUAGUAAAGGAGCCAAGUUAUUUCAAGCUUUGCACAGAGUCAACGCCCACUCACUUGGCACUACUGGAUGAGGUAGUCUCCAUUCAUCCUCUCCUCCACAGCAGAGUCCUCAGUCUUCUUAUAGAAUUGUUUGAAUCAGAGUUUCAAGACCUGGAGAUUCUUGUCCAACUGGAGCUGCGGAAGAUGCUACUUGAUCGUAUGGUAAAUUUGUUAAGCCGUGGAUGUGUUCUGCCUGUCAUGAAGUAUAUUAAGAGCUGUUCCACAAAAGGAGACACUGACAUCUCUCUCAUUCGCUACUUUGUUCGGGAGGUUUUAGAAAUCGUGGCACCACCAUACACAGUAGAGUUUGUUCAACUGUUUCUGCCACUUGUGGAGAAUGAGGAUAUCACAGGGUCUAUGAACACAGACAAUGACUUGGUGACUGAGUUUAUAGCUCACUGCAAGUCUAAUUAUUAUGUUAUGUAAGAUUAAUUAGAUGAGGAAGUCAUUAUUUUCAUUUACUACAAUGAAAUAAACUUUUUAUAACAAGUCAACAAAAUAGUUCAGUUGUAAAGAAAAACAUGAUGAAAUCAAAUUGAAGUCAAGGCAGUGGAAGAUGAGAUCUACUAAAGGCUACUUUUAACCUGCUAUAAAUACAUAAUUUGGAUAAAAGUCACAGAUUAAG